AUGGGAGGGAGUGAUGGAGCUGAGGAGAUGGAUGGAUAUGCUGGGAGUGAUGGAGCUGAGGAGAUGGAUGGAUAUGCUGGGAGUGAUGGAGCUGAGGAGAUGGAUGGAUAUGCUGGGAGUGAUGGAGCUGAGGAGAUAGAUGGAUAUGCUGGGAGUGAUGGUGCUGAGGAGAUGGAUGGAUAUGCUGGGAGUGAUGGUGCUGAGGAGAUAGAUGGAUAUACUGGGAGCGAUGGAGCUGAGGAGACAGAGGACAGACUCCUUACUGUGGACUUCACUUGGUCUGCAGCACUCGCACAAUCGACACAGGAUCUCAAAUGGGAGAAGCCUGCCAACGUCAAGGUUGUGCUGGGAUCGCAGAGCUUUUAUCGCAAGGCUUUGUUGGGCGAUCUUGGGAUCGAGUUCGAGUGCUUUCCAGCAGACAUCGAUGAGAAGGCCAUCCGCUUCGAUGACCCUGAGGAACUUGUCAAGGCAAUCGCUAACGCAAAGGCCGACACUCUGUUGAGCCGUCAUUGUCGGGAGGGAGUAUGGGUCAACCCAGAUGGCUCCAAGCAUGAAGGAGUGACUCUCCUGGUUACAAGUGACCAGGUGGUGGUGCACGAGGGCAGGAUCCUUGAGAAGCCCGAGAGCGAGGAGGAGGCACGAGCUUUCAUCACCGGCUACACGACAAGCCCUCCUUCCACUGUCAGCGCCAUCGUCGUCACCAACGUGUCCAACGGCAAGAGAGUCUGUGGGAUCGACAGGGCGGCUGUUGUCUUCAAGAGCAUUCCAGCAGAAGUCAUCGAGCUUCUCAUCAAGGAUGAAGCAACGAUGCACUGCUGUGGAGGGCUAGUGGUGGAGGAGCCCAAGGUGCAGCCCUACAUUGACCGCAUCGAAGGAGGCGAGGAGGAGAAGGAUCGUUUCUCUUCGAGGGAAGCUGACGCUAUCUCAGGCAUGGACUCUGUCAUGGGCCUGGGAAAAGCUGUGACCAGAGAUCUUCUUGUCAAGGCCUUGGAGUGAGAGGAGGUGCGAGCGAGCGAGCGAGUGAGCGAGCGAGCCCAGCAUGUAGAAGGAUGUCUGCUAGUAAAGCCCACCCUCCUGUC